AUGGCGGCGAGUAAGGUGCAAGGAUGGUACAACAAGUUCCAUAGCAUAGCGACGGCUUGCUUUGACACUGCCUGCUUCAAGGGCUUCAAGAGGGAGGACUUCGUCGUUGUCGAGCUCCCUGCAGACCGCGAUUGCCAGGUGGAAGCGCCUCCACCGCCCCCGCAGCCCAAAAGAAGGCGAGAUCGCGGAGAAUGGGCUCAGUACAGCCCCGAAGACGAUGACUACGACAUGACAGCCGCCACGCGCCCACCCCAAAGUGGUGAGGAACACGUCGCUGACUUGCAGGCGGUGAACCAGAUCCGGCACCUGGCAGGACGCGUCACCGCGGGUGGAGAGAUCCACGUUAUCCAACACUAUGCGAAGGUCAUCCAAGACAUGGAGGCCAACCUCUCCAGCGCUGGGCGAGCAUUGCUGCGCCAGCAGACACGUGGCGAUGCCAACCAUGUUCGCAAACCGUCAUUGGCAACUGCAUCCACCUGCACAGACGAGGAUUGGGAGAGCGUCGAGACCGUCGUCGAGGUGGAGGAUGAGGAUGACUGGCUGUUGCUUAAUGUGCAGCUGUGA